AUGUACAACGGUAUUGGUCUUCAGACGGCUAGGGGUUCAGGCACAAAUGGAUAUGUUCAAGCAAAUCUUUCUAAUUUGCUGUUAUCAAGGAAACGUAUUGAAUAUAAUAGCGAGGCUGACAUUCGCAGAGCAGAAGCACAGAUCAAUAAAGGCCCCAAUGAAGAGAUUCUUCAGCAUCAAAGGAAGAGAAUCAUUGAAAUGAAAUGUGCCGAAUUUGAAAUGCUUAUGGAAGAGAAGGGUUUUGAUGACGAUGAAAUACAGAAGAAGGUUUCGGAUUAUCGGAAACUUUUGCUGGGUCAACUCGAGUCGGGCGAACUCAACCUGGAUUCUGAGCUUGACACUAGAGAUUCACACGCCAGAGCAAAAGCCGCUGUUAAGAAUCGCGACAAGAUGAGGGACGCUCUGGGACUGAGUAAAGACUUUGUCCCCGGAAAGUCAAUGGAGAAGUAA